AUGGCCUCGGCCAGCAUUGCAGUUGCUGUGCAGGCGAUGGAUGAAAAGAAGCUGCCAAACAUUAGUGGCAAUGAAUACGUUCGGAUGGGAUGUGGUUUUAAUAGUGUGGUUUUACAUGAACAGGAUAGCCUCACUGCGGUGGUGCACGACAUGCUUUUGGGAGCAUUGUACGCAACCAGCGCCUGCGUUAUGUUCGGCGCCACAAUCUACUUUGCAGCAAAGCGCAGUGAGACCUUCGAGGCUGCUCAGCGUAUCACCGGACCUGUCUCCUUCAUAGUCAAGUACUCGCGUUGCGGUGAACCCGUUAAUCUCUAUCUUCGUCUGGGUCUCGCACUCUUUGCAGCGAUGAGCAUCGGACAAAGUGCAAUUCGUCUGCACGAGAUGCAAAUGGAACCGCCCAUGCAUUGGCCCGAGGUCUUCAAAUCCACCUUCGAAAUUAGUUUCUUCACAGCUCAGACUCUGUUCAUCCUCAUCUAUCACCGGAUAGUAAUACUGCACAACAACGAGAUAUUUGGAGCGUGUUUCAUUCACGUAUUGAGCACGAACCUCUGCAUGUGGGCUGACGUUAUGGUGGACAAGGUGAGCACAACGCUGCACCUUGACCACAAGCAGGGUCACUCAUCGGGCUCUUCGGUCUCGUUCUAUCUUCUGCCUGCGGUCUCCGAGUAUUGUCUUCUCUCCGUCGCUCUCAUCUACGAAAUUACUGUGCGCAUUGGGCAGCCCAGCUACAUAGAACUAGAGGAGGAUGAAGAUGAAGAUGUUGAGAGGGAGGAUGAGGAGGAGGAGGAGGAGGAAGAAGAGGUGACUAACCGAAUGCAUAACCGAGGGCAAGGUAGUUCGAAAGACGAAAGGGAGGGUGAACAGGAGGCAAGUGUGGCAAACAGUAAGUCCGGAAGCAUCUCCGAUCUCGAGCUAUCCUCCCAGGGCGUCAAAGAUCAGAAGCGCAUCUGUGGCCGCUCGUUUUCACGUAAAAUCGCCAGGACUGUCAAGAAGGUGAAGGCAGGAAUUGCAAACUGUGGUACGAAUAUCAAGUCAGGCUAUUGGGCACCGUUGCUCAUCGUUUUGACCAUCUCUGCACUGACAGUGGUCACAGGUGUGGCACCCAAGACCUCUCAUAUCACACCCUGGAAGUGUGCUGUUCUCUUCGCCGAGGAGAUGUUCCUCAACUGCAUGGGCAUAUUCGUCACCUUUGCGUCCUUCUUUAAGAUUCGUCAUCUCAAGUUCACCAUUGCCUCACGUCAGAGUGUUAUUGACGAGUUCGUCCUCUACAUUGCUUUCUUCUUCUCUGCCAAUUACCUCGUUGCCACUGUCGCCCUCGCCAGCUAUUUUAACCGCGUCACCACAGAUUUAGUGUAUAAGGACCUCCUGAUGGGCAGACUGGCGUUGAACAUGUUGGAGCUAGUGGAGGUGAUUCUCCAGACCUAUCUUAUCCAGGACUGCUUCCGUCGAUGUAGCGAGGAAGACUUCCAGCAACGCAUCAAGCCGAGCCGACAAAUGAUUGCAGUGCUGUUAGGCAUCAACCUCGCAGGCUGGGUAGUAAAGUCGUUCCAGCUGAAGGAGGCAGACGUUCUCUAUAAUAUUACCGUUCGAGACGAGAUUGCCUACGGCUGGGUCCUCAUUGCUAUCACCAUGCCCGUCUUUCUCUUCUAUCGCUAUCACUGCACUGUCUGUCUCUCUCAGUCCUUCACUAUGCUUUAUGAGGAUGAGACACGUCGAUUUGAGGCGCUGUGGCGUCAGAAUCCUAUCUACCUCUCAAACCUUCUAAGCCAUACGAAUCUAGCGCUGUGCGAGGAGGGAGACCACUUCCACGCUCGUGAAAACCUCGCCUCAGCGCGCAUGUCCAACCGUCAACUGAGCGAAAUGCUCCACCGUAAGUUCUCCACGCAGUCUUUCCAGCAGAUAGAGUACAUGAUGCCACGGCGCGCCAGCUUCUUCCACUCUGGCGCCAUCUCCACUUCUACCACGAGCAUGCACGACGUCGAGCUGUUCCCUCCACAGCUCCAUGCCACUCCACCAUUGCACAAACUCUCCUCUAUCCACUGCACACAAAAGAAGCUCUCUGUGCCCAACCUCAAGCGCGUUAGUGUGCCUGGCCCUAAAUCGUCCAUCAAAGCAACAUCGGGCGCCUUCCCUUCGCGUUGCCGUCUCGCCGAGUCGGAGAGCUACGAGGGACCCAACUAUUUUCUGUCACGCAUCAGUCCUGCCAGCAAUGCGACUUCUGCCAUCCGCAACGAUCACUCCACUCAAACUACAUCCGUCUUUCUGCCCAGUGACCAACACCACCUCACUUCCGUCCACCACCAACAAAUGCAUUCGUCAAGGCCAUCCACACUCCAACCGUCAAGCAGCAGCCAGCGUCAGAUUACCGACGGAGUUCCUCCUCCAGAGGUAGAUGGAAUGCAAAGACGCCAGACGCUGGUAAAUCUUGAGACUGCAAAGUACCGCUACUUGGCUGCCGAAAUGGCUCACAAACGUGUGCUCGAACGCUCCGUCGAUGGAGCUGGGGAAAGUUGGAAGAAGCGCACAAAACCCAAGAGGAAGCGUGCCAAAGGCGGGAAGUUGCCAGCAUCCAAAGGGCGGAUACAAAAUUCCACCUUAUCUGGAAAAAACGUGCCUUCUAGUUCAUCCCCAAUGACCACACUGAAUACUACCAAGCCGCCUACACCACCACCAACGCAGCCUACGGACCCACCACCAGGCCAACCGCAACAGGCUCAACUACCCAUGAGAGGAUUUGAACCGUCAAAAGUAGUACCUCUGUUAAUUGCGCGGAAUAUAGUCAAUACAACUGACGGAGGACUGCUGUCGGCAGUGCCCGAGGAGGGUGGUCACGACCUUAGCAUCACUCCCUCUCCACCACUCGUCACUUCGUCCCCCUCCUCCGCCGCAGAAAGGGACACAGUUAUAGAAGCUAGAACCGCGGGUUCAUCUCGAUCGAAUAAACAGAGUGGGGAUAGAAACCGUACUGCCAACGAAGCCGGCAGUCCGGAAACGACAGUGUCGCCAGCCUCGGGUGACACGGAGCUGGAGUACACGUCCUCCGCUUCGGCCACCUCUUCCGCUGGCGGCGCAGCCAUUUUUGACGGAGGAAAGGCGGCAGCAACUAGCAAGAAGUGA